UUUCCAAUCAAUUAAUCACUCAACCAUGGCUAAAACACAAACUCCUUUUCUUGCUCUCAUGAUUUUCUUCCAUUUUGUGUUGCUAAUCAACAAUGUGACCUCCGAAUCAGUUUCAUUCAGCUUCUCCAAUUUCGGACCCGACCAAAAGUUCGAUAUUGGUUUCCUUGGCGAUGCACGUCCAUUAGGUGGUGCAAUACAAUUGACAAGAAGAGAUAGUGGAAUAUAUGGCACUCCCGUUAUUCGCCAAAACAGCGUUGGUCGUGCACUUUAUAUUCCACCCAUUCACCUUUGGGACAAAUCCACAGGCAAACUCGCUGACUUCGAAACUGAAUUCUCCUUUGUGGUGGAUUCCGCUGGUUCAAAAGUCCACGCUGAUGGCUUCUCCUUUUUCAUCUUACCACUCGACGCUGACCCAAGAAUUCCCAAAAACUCAUCUGGGGGAUAUCUUGGACUCUUCAGUCCCGAAACUGCUUUCAACUCCUACAAAAACCAAAUAGUGGCUGUUGAAUUUGACAGCUUCGGGAACGAGUGGGAUCCCAAACCUGUAGCCAUUGCUCCUCACAUUGGAAUUGACGUUAACUCUCUUACGUCCUUGAAAACUACGGAUUGGCCUGUUAAUUCUUUUUCUCGAGGUUCAGUUGGAAAUGCUUUGAUAAACUAUGAUUCCAAGUCUAAAACACUGAGUGUUGUGGCUGGCUAUGCUAACCCCCUCUCUUCUGUUUCGUUCUCACAAACCAUUGAUUUGAGGGGUGUGCUCCCAGAAUGGGUUAGAAUUGGUUUCUCUGCUGCCACUGGUGACAAGGUUGAAACGCAUGACAUUCUUUCGUGGUCUUUCGUUUCACGCAUCUAGAUAGAGGUGUUCCUGUGACGAGAAUAAUAGAGUGAUGUGAGGGUCUUCAGAAGUGUUAUUGGUGUCUAGAAUAUUCUGCAAUCUGAGUGUUGUAUGGAUUUUUUACUAGUGUUUGUGUGUUUCCUUGCAAGGCAAAGCUUGUUGUCGUUAAAUUCAUAAUCAUGAUCUUCUUGAUUGUUUGAUUGAA